AUGAUGUUGCUGGGUCGAGCAGCGGUUGUAUGGCCUUGUAAAAGGCCUUUUGGGCAGACAGCGCUGGGGCCCGUUUGGCAGGCCGCGCGGGACCCCAGUAGUGUCGCCAGCGGCUCCGGUAAACCGGUUCCGCCAACUGGGACCGCCGGGGCAGAUCCCUCUUCUUCCAUCUUGAUCCGUGGUCGACUCGUCUCGCUGGAAGGCCACGGCUUCUAUCUGUAUCCCCGCAACCGAGUACAGCGCAACAUUUCAGGACGAGGCAAAGGCGGUAAAGUGAAGGGAAAGGCAAAGUCCCGCUCGUCCAGGGCCGGUCUUCAGUUCCCGGUCGGCAGGAUCCACCGUCUGCUCCGCAAGGGCAACUACGCCGAGCGAGUGGGUGCCGGAGCUCCGGUCUACCUGGCCGCCGUCAUGGAGUAUCUAGCCGCCGAGGUUCUCGAGUUGGCCGGUAACGCGGCCCGUGACAACAAGAAGACCAGGAUCAUUCCCCGUCACCUUCAGCUGGCCAUCAGGAAUGACGAAGAGCUGAACAAGCUCCUGUCCGGUGUCACCAUCGCCCAGGGAGGUGUACUGCCCAACAUCCAGGCCGUGCUCCUGCCCAAGAAGACCGAGAAGAAGGCCUAAGUCGCCCGCCAACGCGCGACACAAAGCCGCCCGGCUCCACAAACGGCCUUUUUAAAGGCCACCACAAUAUCACUCGUUUUCACAGU